CUGUGCGAUUUUAAUAAUUGUUAUUGUUAGUUCACAACAUUUUUUUCUCCGCGUGUGACAACGACGCCAUGUGAACACAGAGAGAGUGCGACAAGUGCAGCAUAAACUAAUUUAAGAUUAAGUGCAAUAUUUACAUAUAAAUUAAAUAUAAGGAUUGACGGACGUUUGUUCGUUAUAAAUAAACGGAGCUGCCACAUUAAGAUCAACAUGGAGUAUGAUACGAAUUACCAGCAAUAUCGCUACAAGGACAUUUUAUUCGUAUUCCUUGACCCAUUCAUCGAUGACUUCGAUUGCAAAGAUGUCCAGGACAUUCUUUACAAGAUGCUCUCCAAAGAGGAAAUCGAUCACAUCGUCAAGUCCAGGGAUCCGGAGGAGUCCACGUACCGCCUGUUUUGGACCCUCAUUGCCAAGGGCGAAAAAACCAUAAAGGCUUUCGUCGAGGAAGUGCUGAAUCCAAAGGACCAACCCAACUAUGAAUUCCUUAUGGCAGCCAUCAAGGAAGAGCACCAGCGGCCGAGCGAGAAGACUAGACUAUAUAUAGAGCAGCGGGAUCGGCUAUACAACGAUAACCAACUGUUUUCCAAGUACAAUGUGAAUCGCCUCAAACCGUACCUGAAACUGACGGAGGCCCUCCUCAAUCUUCGGCCAGCCCAAAACGUCCUGGUCGAUGGCAUUUUGGGCUCUGGUAAAGAUUGGUUAGCUCUGGACGUCUGUUCCUCUUACAAGGUUCAGUGCAAGAUGGACUUUAAGAUCUUUUGGUUGGACAUGAAGAAUUGCAUUAGUCCGGAGACGGUGCUAGAAAUGCUGCAAACACUGCUGCAUCAGAUCGAUCCCAAUUGCAGCAGUCGCAGUGAGCAUGGCAGCAACAUCAAGCUGCGGAUCCAUAGUGUCCAGGCUGACUUGCGCCGCCUCCUGAAGAGCAAGCCGUACGAGAACUGCCUGCUUGUCCUUCGAAAUGUGCAAAACGAAAACGCUUGGAGUGCCUUUAACUUAAGCUGCAAAAUCUUGCUAACCACCAGGUUCAAAAGAGUCGCCGACUUUUUGUCACCGGCUACCACAACUCACAUUUCCCUGGAUGAACACUCGAUGACGCCGACGGCUGAUGAAGUCGAGUCUUUGUUUCUUAAAUAUCUCCAAUGCCGAUCGCAGGACUUGCCCAGGGAAGUGUUAACCACAAAUCCACGCCGGCUGAGUAUCAUUGCCGAGAGCAUUCGCGAUGGUCUGGCCACCUGGGACAAUUGGAAGCAUGUAAAUUGCGAUAAGCUGACGUCCAUAAUCGAGGGCUCUUUGAAUGUUCUAGAACCCGCUGCUUAUAGGAAAAUGUUUGACAGACUGUCCAUAUUCCCUCCGUCUGCCCACAUACCCAUCGAUCUCCUAUCUCUGGUUUUCUUCGAUGACAAAUCCGAUGGCGAUGAUGCGAUGGUGGUGGUAAACAAGCUGCACAAGUACUCGUUGGUAGAGAAGCAGCCGAAAAACUCAACCAUUAGUAUACCCGCCAUAUACUUGGAGUUGAGUGUGAAGGUUGAUGACGUUGCUGUCUUAAAUCGGAGGAUCGUUGAUAGAUAUGACAUCCCCAGGGCCUUUGAUCAUGACGACUUGAUACUGCCUUCCCUGGAUACAUAUUUUUAUGGCCACAUUGGACACCAUCUGAAGACCAUUGAGCCCAUUGAGCGAGUGGCUCUGUUUCGCAAGGUAUUCCUCGAUUUUCGCUUCCUGGAACAAAAGAUUCGCCACGAUACAACGGCUUGGAAUGCCAGCGGAUCGAUCUUGAACACACUGCAGCAGCUGAAGUUUUACAAGUCAUAUAUUUGCGAUAAUGACUCCAAGUAUGAGCGUCUGGUGAAUGCCAUUCUGGAUUUCCUGCCCAAGAUCGAGGAGAGUCUUAUACGCUCAAAAUUCACGGACCUUCUAAGAAUCGCACUGAUGGCCGAGGAUGAGGCCAUUUUUGAGGAGGCCCAUCGACAGGUGCAACGAUUCAAGGAUCAUGUUUGGUUCACAGAGCAUGGUCGCUUUCAUCAGCACCGGCAGAUCAUCAAUCUGGGCAACAACGAAGUCCGCCACGCAGUCUACUUGAACAACGACUUUUGUCUGAUGGCGCUGGCCAGCAAGCAGCUGCUGCUCACCGAUGUCUCGCUCGAGGCUGAAGACACUUACCUACUGAGGGAUGAAAACGAUAGCAGUGAUAUCCUCCGAAUGGGUGUGUUCAAUAACCAACGGCAUUUAAUUACUAUGCACAGCAACGGCAGCGUUAAACUCUGGCCCCUUUGGCCCGAUUGCCCGGGCAGGCGACACAGUGGCGGCAGCAAACAGCGUGUGCGUCCUCCGGGCUCCGCACAACUGCGAAAGCCGACCGGUACCCGUAGCUACAAACAGCUGGUAAACAGCGUGGUUAAGCGAUUCAUUGGGAGCUACACCGAUCAAAAAAUAACUGCAUUCUAUUUGGAUGAGCAGGCAUCUGUGGCGGCAGACUCCAAGAUCCAGUUGCAUGUGGCCUUCAGCAAUGGUGAUGUCAGCAUCUUGAAUUGGGAUGAGAAAGAUCAGGUGUUCAAGCCCUCUCAGACGCCCACUUUGAAGACCUCCCAGAUGGAAAUCCGAAGCUUUGUCCUGGUCUUGAAGCGAUAUUACGUAGUCUGUACCGCCAACUGCACGCUGACUGUGUGGGAUCUGAACAAUGGUUCCGGCGAAAGACCGGAACUCCCGAAUUUCGAUGUCCACAACGACAGACCUUUGUCGUUGGAUGCAAUCAACGGACGGAACCAGAACGCCAGCGUUUUGCUUAUCUUCAAGCACAGCGUUUGGCGACUCAACUUCCUCCCAGGCCUUAAUGUUAACCUGCAAUCGGAGGCAGUGCAGCUGCCCGAAGGCAGUUAUAUCACCUGCGGCAAGCGGUCUACGGACGGAGACUACCUUCUGCUGGGCACCACAGAGGGUCUGAUCGUGUAUGAUCUCCGUAGCUCUGAUCCCGUACUCCGGAGCAAUGUCAGCGAACAUAUCGAAUGUGUGGAUAUAUACGAGCUCUGUGAUGCAGUCUACAAGUACAUCGUUCUGUGUGGUGCCAAGGGCAAGCAAUUGGUACAUGUCCACACGUUGCGAUCCGUGAGCGGCGCUAAUUCCCGUCGAGGUCGCGGAAUCGCCUGGGUGCACAGUGCAGAUGAGACGAGUGUGAUGACCAGGGCUUGCCUGGAGCCCAAUGUCUACCUUCGUUCGCUGCUAGACAUGACCAGCGGGCGGACGCAGCUCCUGGCCGUGGAUUCCAAAGAGCGAAUACAUCAAAUCGAAACGGCAACCGAUCCCUGUGCCCGUCGAAGGUCUAGCAUUUCGCCGUGGUCUACAAUUACACCUACGCAUGCUGCCAGCAACAGAAGGAUAACUUCCAUAUCCGCUCUGAACGAUGAACAGAUAUUUGUUGGCUAUAUUGAUGGCGUGAUCAUCGAUGUCAAUCGAGAUGCGGUGUUGCCGCAACAGUUUAUUGCAGAGCCUAUCGACUACCUCAAGCAGAUUAGCGCUCAGUUUUUGGUGGCAUCUGCCCAUGGCGCUCAAAAGACUGUGAUAUUCCAACUGGGAAGAGCUGAUAAUGGCCUGGCCAAUGACCAGUGGCCGCUACAGCUGGAUGUGGGCACCAAGUACGCGUGUCUUCUAGGAGGACAGUUCAUUAUCCUGUUCUCCGACAACGGAGUCUGCCACCUGGAUCUCGCUAAUCCCUCGGCAUUUGAUAAACCAGAAGAGUCAGUGGAAAGCCUUGUUGGUUUUGAUCUCAAGAAUGGACUUCUCUUUUUGGUCUACGGAAACAACACCAUAGAGGUUCUACGAAUCGUCUUUAGUGGCACCCAAUUGAGGUACGAACGGAUCUGCGAAGAAGAGAUUGGUCAAAAGGCAAAGAUCAGCUACCUGGCCGCCACUGAGGAUGGCAGCAUGUUUUCUUUGGGCUUUGAAAAUGGCUCCAUAGAGCUCUAUGCCUUGGAUAACCAACAGAUUCAGUUGGUUUACAGGGUGCAGGAUGUCCAUGAGCACUGCAUCCGCCAGCUACGCUUCUCGCCUUGCAAACUCCUGCUGAUUAGCUGUGCGGAGCAGUUGUGCUUCUGGAACGUGACGCAUAUGCGCAACAACCAGGUGGAACGGCAUCAGCAGCAAAGGCGCAGUCGCCGCCACAAGCUGCACAGUGCCACGCCGGAAGAGGAUGCUGUGGAUGCGGCCCCCAUAGCCUUUGAUAUGGACGAAGACUCUCCGUUUGCAGCCCGCGAAUUCUUUCCCGAACGCCAGACACCAGCAGAUGUUCCGCUGUGGCGGAAAAAGCGCGGCAAUGCCAUCCGGCCCGAACUCCUGGCCUGCAUCAAGUUUGUGGGCAACGAGGCCCGUCAAUUCUUCACCGAUGCCAAGUUCUCGCAGUUCUAUGCCAUCGAUGACGAGGGCGUUUACUACCAUCUACAGCUGCUGGAGUUGAGUCGUCUGCAUCCUGCAGAGCCGGAUCUGCAGGACAUAAGUGACCGAUCCUUGGAGAAAAUAGCCAGCAUGCAGUAUGAAGACCUCAAGGAUCUCCGUAUAAUCGAAAGCCCGCUUCCCGACGACGAUGAUAAUGUGGGCGCCGAUGUGGUGGGCAACCUGAGUCCCGUCCAGGAGGCGGCGGCCACCACUACCUCAUGACGCCAGAGGUGCGCCUCUUUGCGGCGCACAAACCGGGAAAACGGGAACUACAGCAUGGCAUUUAUAGGACUACUGCUCUAUUAUCUAGUGGUCUUGCUGCUUUAUUUCGUGGGACCCGCCUUGUCCUAGGCAACGUCAACGUCCGAUAUCUCAAAGGGCGCCGGGUGCGUUGCCCUGCCUUUUGUUUGGCAAGCCCCGAGAUCGUCACAGAAUAAACGACACUUCUGAAAA